UCUCAAUGUGUGCCAGGCGCUAGGACCCUGCAGGCGCGGCCCGGUCCAGGAGCGGAAGUGAAGAGGCGGGCAGGCCGGGCUGGAGAGGCAGGGGCCCCGGGGUCAGGUACGCGGAGACACCGCUGAAGGGGGUCCGAGAGCAGGGAUGGCCUGUACGAUGCAGAAGAUCUUGGGAGAUGCCCGCACUCUGCUGGAGAGGCUGAAAGAGCACGACGUGGCAGCAGAGUCUCUGGUCGAGCAGUCUGGAGCCCUGAACCGGCGCGUGGAGGGCAUGAGGGAGGUGGGCAUGGCCCUGCCAGACAAGUACAAGGAAGAUUGCCCAGAACUGAAGGACCUGUCCAAAUACAAACCCCACAUUCUGCUGACGCAGGAAAACACCCAGAUCAAGGAGCUGCAGCAAGAGAACAGGGAGCUGUGGCUGUCCCUGGAGGAGCACCAGUACGCUCUGGAGCUGAUCAUGGGGAAGUACCGCAAGCAGAUGCUGCUCUUCAUGACGGCCAAGAAGAAGAUGGACGCCAAGCCAGUGCUCAGCCUCCACCAGGAGCACUCCAAGGAGGUGCAAGUCCAGGUUGAUCGGGUCUGUGAGAUGGGAGAGAUGAUGAGGAAAGCGGUCCAUGUGGACGACCAGCACUUCUGCAGCGUACAGGAGAGACUGGCACAGCUUGAGCUUGAGAACAAAGGUCUGCGUGAACUCCUGUCAAUCAGCAGAGGGCCUGUGAAGCAGCAACGACAGCAGAAGAGCGAGCCGUCUGAAAACACAACAAAAUAGCACCACCUUGUGGCCAAAGCGCUGUGGUGCACUGCGAGCAAAACCACCUCACUGCCAGCAUUCUGCCCCUCUCUACACUCCCAGCAGCAGCAGCAGUUAGACUGUCAGUAAGGGGGCUGGACGGGAAGGCUAGACUCCUCGAGCCUUAUGAUACAAUGAACGAGGCGAAAGCCCUGUCAAGAUGUGGAAAAUCAUUACCUUUUUUAUGCAUAACCACAUUUCAUCCUUUUUUAAAAUAAUUUUUUUUUGCCAUUCAGUGUUGGCUUUUAGUCUUUGCUGCGGUCCUUUUGAAAAAAAAAAAACCCACGACCAGCUGGCUGGGGAAAGCAAGCACGUUUUAUGUCUGUCUUCUGUGUGCACGGGACAGCAGUACAGAAAUCCACCCAGACUGUCAAAGCACCGGCUCACACAGCUGGCACUGGGCAUUCCAGUCCAGUCUUCAAAGCAGUUCAGGGAUGGCAGUAAGACUCCUGUUGCAUAGCGGUUUUACCCAUUCCAGGUUGUGCUAUCAUCUUGAUCAGCCACAGCGGGCAGGCAACAAGCUCAGGUGUGUCUUAUUAAACUCGCAGUGAAACCAGACCCGAUCAGACUGCUAUGCGUCCCUGCUUGGAAAUAUCCGCUCGCUGAAGUGUGUUUGUCAUCCUCUGUUGUAAACACGGCAGCUUGCUCAGUAAUCUCUUCACCUGAGAAACGACUUCAUUGGGGUUUUGACAGACCAGGUUAAGGUUCUUAAGGACUGCAGGUGGGGGGGGCAUGGCCUUUUCUAGUCCUAGUUUAUAAAUAUGGACCAUUCUGUCCACCACCACCAAACCGCUAUGUGUAACCGUGUGCCACCAGUGUAAACAUGUACCACGGACAGAGUUCUUGGGUUUCCUUUCAUAUAUAUAUAUUUUUUUUUAAGUGAUUUUUCUGUCUCUGUCAAAGCAUUUUCUUAAGAUGCUUGUGAGAUUCCAAGCUCUGGUUCUUGUCGUUUUCAUCGCUGUUGGAGGAUAACCCUUCCUGGAAAGGCUGGGCUCCUCAGGGUUACGAUCAGGCCUCUUGUUUUCCACUCGAGACUGCGUUGGUGUUGCAAAGCCUUGCUCUUCGUUAAAUGCAGAAAGCUGCAGGUUUUGAAAGUGUGAUAUAAACCCAGAAAUGUGGGAAUGAACUGCACAAGGAGAAGAGGCAGUGUUGGGUCUCCAGCAGGACCAUAGCGAGCCCGUCGAAGAGUCUGGAUUUAGACACCAGUUUGAAAUGCUCCCUUUCGCUCAGCUUGGUGUGUGUGGGCUCUCUCUUUGCAAGGACCGCCCGGCCGGCUGGCUCAGUGCUUCACAGUUGCUGGUAAAUGCAAUGUAGCAGCGUCUCAGGUCAGAACACAGGUUUCGGUUUCUUGUAACGCUCAAUAAAAUGUGAAAAUGCU